UUUAAUAUUUAUUCUUGAAAGAACUAGCAGGUGAGAAAUCCAAUAAAAGGACCAAAAAAAUCAUUCUCAACGGGCUAAUGUCUGACGACAAACAAAAAAACAAUGAGCAGGAAAAUGCACCCGCGGAGGAGUACGAUUACGACCGCGAGCUCUACCGAUGCCCCAUCUCCUGGCCCUUUACCUCAGAUAAACCCAAAAUGACGAAAAAGGUCUACUCACUCAUCCGCAAGGCUGUGAAAGAAAACAAAAAAGGCAUUAUUAAAGGGAUCAAAGACGUUACCAAGUCAAUCCGGAAGGGACAGAAGGGCAUUCUCGUUCUCGGUGCGGAUGCCUCGCCGUAUGAUGUUAUUUCCCACUUCCCCGUAAUGGCAGAGGAGGCGAAGAUUCCCUACGUUUGGGUGCCCUCUCGGCAGGAUUUAGGCGUUUCGACGCAGUGCAAACGCGCCACUUCCGUCGUUUUGCUAAAACCCAACGAAGAAUUCAAGGCGAGUUACGACAAAAUCGUCCUAGCCAUUGAAGAUCUCUUAACCAACGAGGAAGCUAGUUGAGGAUAAGAUGAAGCAACUCUCUUGGUAGAUCUUACGUGUUUUUUUUUGUGUGUGUUCUUAUGGGGCGUGAGGUUGGGUUGUUUCUGUUGCGAUUUGUGUUAUAAUUAUACACUCCUUCGGUGACUUCGAGAGGUUUUAAUCUGUAAAGAAAAAAAAUGCCUUUAAAUCAACACUGCAGAAUUGAAUUUGAUCAAUCUGUAGUAUAUAAUGGUGAAGGUGAAUAAUUAAUAUGCAAGGGGUGAAGGAUACGUUUCUGUAUUUUUCCCUAUCGAUAAAGGGAAUCGAAAAAUUAUAAUUCGUAUCUCAACACUCAUCUUUUCCGUUUAUAAACACGAAUAA